AUGGCUACACGAUCAUUAGUCGUAGGAGGUACGGGUGGCAUUGGCUACGCCAUUGCCUGCCGCCUCGCCGCAGCUUCGGCAUCCUCACAAGUGACUAUCAGUGGCCGCACCGAACCCAAGGACAUCCCUCACCCCAACAUCAAGUUCCGCGCCUUGGACGCAUCUUCCAUGCGCUCCAUCAAGCGAUACACGGACGACUACAAGUCCCUCCAAGACCCACAACUCGACUUGCUCGUCCUCACCCAAGGCAUUCUCACCAUGGCAGGUAGAACCGAGACGUCCGAGGGAAUCGACCGCAAGAUGGCCCUUCACUACUACGGCAGGCAGCUUCUCAUCCGCGAGCUGAGCUCCAUCCUAAAGGACGAUGCUAAAGUCCUCAUCGUCCUUGACAGCACCCGCGGAAGCCCGACGAAGCUGAUUUGGGACGACUUGGACCUGAAGAAGAACUUCAGCUUGCAAAAAGCAGCGGACCACUGCCUUUCCAUGACGGACGCCAUGAUCCAGGCCUAUGCGGCCGAGAACAAGGACAAGAGGCAACACUUCAUCCACGCGUACCCUGGCAUCGUACAGACCAAUCUCUUCCAUACCAUGCCGUGGUAUCUUCGGACUGCGACAAAACUCCUGACCAAUGUGAUGGGCGUACCGGCCGAUACCUGCGCCGAGAGACUUCUGGAGGGAGUGGACGGGGCCUCGGGGAAGGACGGCGCAUCUUGGAGUUGUAUCGAUCAAAAUGGUAAGGUUGUCGGCAACAAGGCUAUUUUCACUGAGGAGGAUUUGAAAAAGGUCAAAGAUCACACUUGGAAGACGAUUGACGAGGCACUUGCAGUCCCCAGUCAGUAG